UGUAUCCACUGACGAUCUCUGGAGGAAGUUAGUGUCUCAGGCUGCGGCGAGUAACAACCUCCUGCUCCUCCUGGACAGACAGAAGUUUCUCCCGUGGAGGAAUGGUCGCUGCUCCUGCUCUGCUCGGAUUUAAACUCGACAGCUUAUUUUCGCUUUUUCUUCAAACUCCUCGAACAGCUAACGUAAGAGUUUCGCUUCUAGGUUUUUGGCACGGUAAUCUCGUCAGUAGACAGACUUCACCUGUUGCCCAGAGAUGUUGAGAGCCGCUGAGCUCAUUACAGUAGCCUAGAAUAAAGCAGAUCGUUCAGAAGAAAGCGGCUCUCCUGUUUUCUAGUUCAGUUACACCAGUGAGGAACACAUGGAUCUGAGACCGGACCACCCCACAGUCUCCUCUGCCUCUCAAGUCCACCCGGGAGCUGCAGCAGCGGUCGCGGCCGCCUCCAUCCCGGUGUCCAUGGCCAGCAGCCUCCUGCGCGGCCCUCCGCUCAUCCUGCGCUCCGCGGACAAGUACCCGCGAACCCCCAAGUGCGCCCGCUGCCGGAACCACGGCGUGGUGUCCGCGCUCAAGGGCCACAAGCGCUACUGCCGCUGGAAGGACUGCAUGUGCGCCAAGUGCACGCUGAUCGCCGAGAGGCAGCGCGUGAUGGCGGCGCAGGUGGCGCUGCGGCGGCAGCAGGCGCAGGAGGAGAACGAAGCCCGGGAGCUGCAGCUGCUCUACGGCACGGCGGAGGGACUCGCCCUGGCCGCCGCCAACGGCAUCAUCCCGCCGCGUCCCAACUACGAGGUGUUCACCUCCGUCAACAGCGAGAGUAACUCAGAUUCAAGCAUCCAGAAGUAUGAGCUGUUCUCAAAGAACCAGCUGUCCGGGUCCGCCUCCUCUCAGCAGACUGAGGGGAAGCCGGGCUCCGCUGAAAGUGACUCGGCCCCGGGCAUCUCGUCCCCAGACGGCCGGCACGGAGGCUCGGGUUCAGAGAACGGAGACAGCGAGUCUUUCAUCAGCUCCCCGGUGUCCAAGCCUCUAAAAGACGGAGGGGAGACUCCCGGAUCCGUCAGCUCCCUCGGCUCUGACUCCGGAUCUGAGACCGACAAAGACGAGCAGGAGCCGUCCCCGUCCUCCGCGGCCUCCCGGCACAUGAACGCCAUUGACAUCCUGACCCGAGUGUUCCCCAGCCACAAGCGCAGCGUGCUGGAGCUGGUCCUGCAGGGCUGCGGGAAGGACGUGGUGCAGGCCAUCGAGCAGAUCCUCAACAACAGCGGCGCUCAGGGCUCGAACAAGGCCGGCUCAGACGAGACGUGGACGGCUGAGAGGGUGCUCCAAAACGCGCAGCAGCCGCCGCCGUCCUCCGCGUCCAUAACGGCCCCGACGAGGCCCAUGCUGCCCGGAGCCAUGACGCUCAGCAACCGCUCCGCGUUUUCUCCUCUGCAGCCGAACUCCCCGCACUUCGGCGCCGACCCCAGCACCUAUCCUCUGGGCACCCACCUGGGACUGAACCCACUGCGGCUGGCCUACUCUGCACACAGCCGGGGACUGGCUUUCAUGACGCCCUACUCCACCACCGGGCUGAUGCCCACCCUGGGCUUCAGACCCCCGAUGGACUAUGCCUUUAGCGACCUGAUAAGGGACAGGACGAUGUUACACAAGGAGCAGGGCUACGCCAGCGGCCUGUACGGGCCUCUGGUCAAUAACACGCCGGAGAAGCAGUGAGGCGGGCAGGAGGACUGACCAUGCAGACACAUUGUAUCUGUAGCCACAAGUGUUGAAUGUUCUGGCGAAAAUCUGUCAUGUGUUUUGGCUACAGGCUGCUGUACAUAAUAGGAUUAUCUGGCUUGUAGUCAAAUGGUCUGAAAUAAAAAAAAAAAAACUAAACUCACUUAUGUGUAAUUUUCAAAAAUAUUUUUAUGUUUGACUAAGAAAGUUUGAUGACAUUCCCCACUUAUGAACCUGAUUAAUAAGAAUAAAGUGAAGCUGAAAACAUAUUUAUACAUUCCAAAAUAAAUCACAAUAAAAGUGGUGGGAAAAUUUAAAAAAACCCAGCUGCACAGAAGGCUAAAACUAUAUUCACAUGCUUUUAUUACUGAUUUUAAUGUCAACUCUGCAGGAUUGAAGAAUAAAAAAAAGCAACAACAACAACAACAAAAAAAAGAUUUAUCAGAGAAUUUUUAAAGCUCAUCUCAUUUUCAGCCAGUUGGUGAAACUGAAGUGCAUAUGACGUUAAAAAGCUAAUUUUAAAAUAUGCAUUUCUCUCUCACACAUGGAAUAUUAAAUGAGGCAAAAUUAAGUUAUUAUAACAUGUAGAUGACGGAUGUUUAACCCUAUUUCCUGAUGUACAAGUUGAACUAAUGAUGUGUAAAUGCCAUCUCCUUUUUUCCUCUUCUGUAUUAUUUCACUUAUCUCACCUAUUUGUUUUAGUUCAUUUCCAACUGCAGCUGUAUUAUAUAUUGCAUUUGGUAAUAUGAAACGCUAUGCUAUAUUUGACUUUUCAUUUAUCCGUUAGUCAGCUCAAAUAUUUUGUGACAAAGUGCUGGAUCAAGUCAGUUCAUCUUCAAAUGUUACAAGCUGUGCUGUCACAUUGUAUGAAUAUGCUGGAAAUAAAUGUUAUUUUAAAGAAAGUGGGAACAUGA